AUGGCACAAAAACACACCCCCGAAAUCGUCCUGCCUACCGCUGAACACCACCACACCAUCAUCUUCCUUCACGGCCGCGGCAGCACAGCAGCAGAGUUCCAUCCUGAGCUCUUCGAGAGUCAAGCAUCCGACGGCCGCUACCUACCUGACAUUUUCCCGCACGCCAAAUGGCUCUUCCCGACCUCCGGCAUGAUGCUCAAUCGUUUCGGCGACGUCGAAUCGCAGUGGUUCGACAUGUGGACGACGGAGAAUCCGCAUGAGCGCUUCGAGGAGCAGAAGACGGCUUUAAACGAAGCUGUCGCUCGCAUCAAGGCUCAGAUUGCUGAGGAGGCGGCGCUGGUUGGCGGCGCGCAGAACGUGGUUCUUGCUGGUAUUAGUCAAGGAUGCGCUGUUGCUGUUGCCGCGAUGUUAUGUCAGGGUGAGCGGAUUGGAGGCUUUGUUGGGUUGAGCAGUUGGUUCCCCAAGGUGGUGGCGGGUGUGAUGCCGGGGGUAGAGGUGGUGAAGACUCCAGUGUUUGUCGGGCACUGUCAGGACGACAGUGUCAUCGAAAUCAAGUACGGCGAGGGUCUUCGAGACCAUCUAGAGGGUUUAGGUAUGGAAGUGCAGUGGCAGAGCUACCCAGAUGGAGGCCACUGGGUGAACGAACCUGAGGGCAUCGACGACAUGGUCAAGUUUAUCCACGAGGCUCUGAAGAAUCUAACCUGA